AAAAGAGUGAGUGGAAAGAGCGAGGGGAGAGAGAGCGAUUGAGUGUGUGUGUGUGAGAGAGAGAGGGAGCUUAAGCAUGAGAGGAGAGGAGUGAGGAUGGAUCAAACGCGCACCAUCCUCGCAUGACAAUGAUGACGACCACUUUAUACUCCAAGACGUAAUAUUAUUUUUUCACUUCACGUUUCAGGAUAACGGUACACAACAACCGCGAACUUUAUGAAAUGCAGUGACUUGACGAGAAAGUAACGGUUCUCUUCACCAAAACUACAUCAAACUCUUCAAAUACAACGUAUAUUAAAACAAAUAUAUAUAUGUGUAGUGUUACCUUCAUUGUUUCACAACUCAUUUAUCGUGCUUCAUAACCCCCCGCGUAACUUUUUUUUUGAUGGUUUUGGGACAGAUGACAGAGAGAUGACGGACUUAUUUUGAAAAACUGCUUAAUAUAUCUUUGAAUCCCAAAAUGGAAUCGUCGCUUGUGUACCUGUUUUUAUCGUUGACGUUACCUGGAGUCAUUUGGCGUGCGUCUUCGAAUCCCUCGCUGAACAAUCUCCAACCCGCUCUGAGCCAAUCCAGUCCAAAUGGGGGGAGAGUAGCGAGCAGGCACAGGAACUGGUGUGCUUACGUGGUGACACGCACCAUCAGCUGUGUAAUGGAGGACGGGGUGGAGACGUACGUGAAGCCAGACUACCAGAGAUGUGCCUGGGGACAGUGUACCAGAGUGAUGGCGUAUCGUACAUACCGGAGGCCCAGGUACAAGGUGGCCUAUAAGAUGGUGACAGAGAUGGAGUGGAAGUGUUGUCAUGGUUACUCCGGGGACGACUGCUAUGAUGGUCCAACGGGGACCGGGGACAGCCAGGUCACAGCGGGAGGACCUCACGUCACACAGACCGGAUACAACAAUGGAAAUGGGCAGAAGGGAGGAGAGGUUGACAAUGACAAGAUGAGACAAAUGGAGGAGACUAUUCAGAAGUUGACCAAGGACCUCCGUGACAUACAGUCCACCAUGACGGGCAUGAACCUGAGGCUCCAAGACGGAACUAGGAGGCCAGGCCUGAGCGGAGACAGGACCCCUGCAGAUGCAGCCAAGCCUAUGAAAGAGACCAUCCACUACAUUCAGACCAAACUUGACCAACUGGACAAUCGCACGCAGGUCCACGACCAGACCCUGCUGUCCAUCAACAACCAUUUGGUCAAUGGUGACAGAGGUUCCCGCGGCAAUGAGCUAGACGGGGCUGUCACAGGCAAGAUGGACGCCAUGAAGGAGGAGAUCCUCCGCGAGCUGGAGAGGAGGGUCAGUCUGUCGUGCUCCUCCUGCCAGAGCGGGGUGGAGGACAUGAGGAAGCAGCAGAAGAGUGACCAGGAGAGGAUCAGUGCUCUGGAGAAGUUGCUGAGUUCCAUGGAGCAACACUAUCGCCACAACAUGGAUGUCACCAGGAGGGAGAUGGAACGUACACAGGGUUGCUGCAACACCGUCACAGAGAUGGACAGGAGGCUGACCACCACGGAGGGGAAGGUUAACGCCACAGCACAGGGCUAUGAUGUCAUCAAAGAGCGCCUGGACACGGAGCUGGGUGGUGGGUCGGGUGAAGGAGGAGGAGGAGGUGAGAAAGGAGGGAGGACGAAGGUGACGGAGGAGAAGUUGAACGGUCGACUGAGGGAGGUGGAGAGGAGGCUGAACAACACGGUGAGGAAGACAGAGCAGAAGUUCACCAACACAGGAAACAACAUGAAGGAGAACCUGCAGAGGGAGGUCACCACCAUCCGUAACAUAGUCCUCAGCCACAUGGAUGACCACGGCUACAGGAUAGGCAAGGUGGAGCUGGACCUCACAGUCCUGACGGACACGGUUACUGACCACAGCCGACGACUGGGUCAACUAGAGAACACAACAAACUUUAUCGACACCAAACUGUCGAGGACAGUGGACAUGUGCUCCGAGACCUGCGGCCCCAACGGGAAGGGCCGUAAGACAGACGACAUGGUCAAGACACUGGAGUGGACAGUAGUGGCCAACAAGGAGGACAUCCAGAAGUUUGAUACCAGACUCAAGGACCUAUCGCUGACUGGCGACUCUAUAAUAGACAGAGUGGUGGAGCUCAGCAACGACGUUAAGAAGAUCAAAGGAUUGACGGGGGAGGACAGCGAGCGCCUGAAUCAGAUAGUCACGGAGGUGGAGACGCUGGGGCGGAGCGUGGACGACUGCUCCAUCUGUAGCACAGUAGAACAAGACCUGCAGUCUUUCACCAACAGCACCAACAGCGCCAUCGGGAGGUGCCAAAUGGAACUGACCAACCUGCGCAACAGGUUUGACUCUGAAGACUCUUCUUGUUCCCAGCUGUGCUCCAACCUGCAGGAGGAAGUGGGGAGGCUGAAGGAGGAAGUGGGGAGGCUGAAGGAGGAAGUGGAGGAGUGUACAGGGAACUGUAAGACCGGCCUGACGGACCUAAAGAAAAACCUGGACGGACAUACGACCCUCCACGGACGGUUGGGCACGGACCUGAAAUCCAUCCAGGGGGAACUAUCCAAGUUCACCAUCAGGUUUACUACCCUGAAUGACUCUGUGAAGGGGCUAGGUCAUACAGUCCAGAGGCAUGGCAACACCAUCACAGACCUGGGCUCUACCAAGGAUAACAUCAUGUCUGAGUUGGACCACGUGCAGACAGAGCUGGACGAACACGUCAAGGACACCAGGGGGCGCUUCACUGACCUGGGUCGUGAGAUAAAGACCAUCACCACUAAAUACGUGACGGAGAUUGGGGAGUGUUGGCGCUCCGGGGACGGGCUGGACAAGAGGCUUUCCAAGAUGGAGGACGUCUGUGGCCGGCUGGACGGUGUCUCCAACAGCCUGGCCAAGAUCAAGGAGGGGCUGAACAGACACGUAUCAGGGCUGUGGAACUGUGUCAACACGCUCAACUCUACGGUCAUCUUCCACGACGAGUCCAUCGACAACAUCCAGCACGUCCAGCUUCCAGACGUUCACUCUGACAUCAACAGGCUCAACACCUCUGUCCUCAACGUCCUCGAGGAGUUCCACAGCUUUAAACAACAGGACUUUGUUGGUUCCCCUGGUCUGCCCGGUCCGAGAGGAGAGAGGGGCUACUCUGGACUCCCCGGGCCAAAGGGACCCCAAGGAAGAGAAGGGCCCCAAGGCAAACCUGGCAAAGAGGGGCCCCUGGGACCUCCAGGUCUGAGAGGUGAAGAAGGUCCAGCAGGAUCAGACUCCCACGUUCCUCGUCUGUCCUUCUCAGCAGCUCUGACCCGCCCUCAGGCCAGGGCUGGAACCAUAGUCUUCAACAAGAUCUUUGUCAACGAGAAGGAUGUCUAUAACCCAGGCACAGGUUACUUCACAGCCCCAGUGAGUGGUAAAUAUUUCUUCAGCGCUACCCUGACAGGCCAUAAGAAUGUGAAGAUUGAGGCUGUCCUAUCUAAGUCUAACUACGGAGUGGCGCGUGGGGACUCUGCAGGCUACCAACCAGAGGGACUGGAGAAACCCAUGGCGGAGGCCAGACACACGCCUGGAGCCCUGGCUGUCUUCAACAUCAUCCUCCCUAUGAAGGCGGGAGAUACCGUCUGCAUCGACCUGGUCACCGGGAAACUAGCCCACUCCUCAGAACCCCUCACCAUCUUCAGCGGGAUGCUGCUGUAUGAGACCGUCUGAUUGGGCUAGACUGUCAGUGUGAGGCCUUCUGAUUGGCUGAUCUGAAGGAGAUGGAUGAGUCUAAUUGGUGCUUACAGAGACAAACAACAUUGUCUUGAGAUCAACAAUUGAAUCAAACCAGCAAGAGAAAUAUCUUCAUGAAUGAAUCAAACCAGCAAGAGAUAUACCUUCAUGUAGAAGAAAGAAAUCCAUCCAUUUGAUGAUUUGUUUUUUUUGUGUUUCACAGCUUGGAGUAAACAGGAAUCCCACUGGGCACAGAUGUCCAUUCAAAGUCUAUUCCACGUUGGUUCAAUGUAAUUACAUUGAAAUGACGUGGAAACAACAACCCCUGUGUUCCCAGUGGGAUUAUACAUCCAUUUCUUUGACAUUCAUUUCCUUUUUUGAAAGAGAUGCCACUGCAGGGUUUUAUAUGUUAUAAUAUUUUAAUAGUUUGUUCAACACUAUCAACUUUAAUGUUUCACUUAUUUUCAUAAGCUGGCCUUGAGGUCUCACACAUAUUCUUUAACGUCAAAGCAAACUAUAGUAUAUUUUUGAAAGGAUCACAAAAUAAUGCAAAGUAUUUUUGUUCCCUGUAGACUGAUACGCCCACAAAUAUGACUGUGAUGGUUUAUGUUCUAGAAUCUGUUUAUUGCACACAUUCUAUGUCAAAGUGGUUCUGAAGUAUUUUGUAUACUCAGUCUAAAUUACUCACACUAUCUAUUUCACGGGUGCAAACAGAUUGAAGAGAAAUGCAACAAUAAGCACAUUUUCCUCAAGUAACAAAGCAAUUUCAGGGUGUGGGGAGCAGACCAGCAACAAACAAAGUUACGCUGGUGCUCAUUCUGACUUUUGUUCUAGAACUCAGAAAGAAAAAUAACAUUUUGAGGAAAAUUCCAUAAAUUUGUUUUAGAACUCAACCAGAAAAAGAACAUUUGAGGAACAUUCCAUUAUUAUAUCCAAGGACUCAAGAGAAAGAUUUCUUUUCAGAAUCUCUAAUGUAGCCAUAAGGGUCAUGUAGACUUGGUGAAGGUCGAGGGUUCAACUGUAAAACGUGUUUCUCUGUCAACCAUAUUCAGAGCCACAGAUAACACUGAUGAGGAGGGUACACAUCCCUCUAUCCCUCCAUGAAUUUAAACCUCAGCCAAGAAACCAUGUGCCUGGUCAAAAGUAGUGUACUAAGUAGGGAAUAGGGUGCCAUUUGGGACGAAGGCCAUGUUUCCUGUGUCCUUCCUCACUAGGCCAAUUAACAUGCCUUUCCUUUCUAAAAGUAUUUGAAAUCAGUCCGAUACAGUACAGUACAGGAAGACCCUCUAGUGGAAUGUUCAUAUGUUGACACUAUCGAGGAACAUUAUCAUCAGAAAUGACAUUUACGGCUUAAGUCCCCAAUGAUAUCCCAUUUUAACUAUAUAGUACACUACUUUGGACCAAGUGCACACAAAAAAAAUAAAAAAUAAUAAUAAUAUAUAUAUUAUUAUUUAUUUUAUUAUUAUUAUUUUUUGUGCACUUGGUCCAAAGUAGUGUACUAUAGUUAGAAUAGGAUACUAUAAAUAAAAUGCCUUUUCAGAUGCACAUUGUAUUUUAUCGUGGCAUAUGUUGCCAGAAUUUCCCAAAGCCUUGAACCAGCCCGUUUGGAAAUGCAAUUUACUUUGUAAUAUGUGUUUUUUGUUGUUGUUGUAUGCGUUGAUGUACAACCUCAAUAGUUUGUAAAUAUUUGUAUGUAUAUUUUUUGGUCAUAUAUUAGUAAUUUGUUGUGACUGUAUGUUUUAGAUGUAUUUUUAAUUUUUAAUUUAGGUUUUGUGUUUUUUUUUGGUUUUGUUUGCCACAUGUGACCCCAACACAGAUAACUUUUCCACAUGUAGUCUUAACUCUCCUUAUUCAUGAUAAGGAAAGCGUUGAAUGCAAAGAUGUGAUCUUUGACCUUCACAUUAACAAUUAAAAAAUAAUUUAAAAAAUACACAGAACCAAAAUAUAAAAAUGUAACCCGCAACAAACUCUUAAGAAUUUACUGAGUUACAGUUCAUAUUAGGAUAUCAAUCCAUUUAAAUUAAUUCAUUAGACCUUAAUCUAUGGAUUUCACAUGAGUGGGAAUACAGAUAUGCAUCUGUUGGUCACAGAUAGCUUAAAGAAAAGGUAGGGGUGUGGAUCAGAAAACCAGUCAGCAUCUGGUGUGAACACCAUUUUGCCUCAUGCAGAGCGACGCAUCUCCUUCGCGUAGAGUUAAUCAGGCUGUUGAUUGUGGAAUGUUGUCCCACUCCUCUUCAAUGGCUGUGCGAAGUUGCUGGAUAUUGGCGGGAACUGGAACACGCUGUCGUACUCGUCGAUCCAGAGCAUCCCAAACAUGCUCAAUGGGUGACAUGUCUGGUGAGUAUGGAGGCCAUGGAAGAACUGGGACAUUUUCAGCUUCCAGGUAUUGUGUACAGAUCCUUGAGACAUGGGGCUGUGCAUUAACAUGCGGAAACAUGAGGUGGAUGAAUGUCACGACAAUGGGCCUCAGUAUCUCGUCACGGUAUCUCUAUGCAUUCAAAUUGCCAUCAAUAAAAUGCCAUUGUGUUUGUUGUCCAUAGCUUAUGCCUGCUCAUACCAUAACCCCACUGCCACCAAGGGGCACUCUGUUCACAACAUUGACAUCGUCUGCCAUCUGUCCAGUACAAUUGAAAUGUGGAUUGAUCCUUGAAGAGCCAGCAUUCCAGUGGCCACCGAAGGUCAGCAUUUACCCACUGAAGUCGGUUACGACGCCGAACUGCAGUCAGGUCAAGACCCGGUGAGGACGGCAUGAAGAUGAGCUUCCCUGAGAUGGUUUCUGACAGUUUGUGCAGAAAUUCUUCGGUUGUGCAAACCCACAGUUUCAUCAGCUGUCUGGGUGGCUGGUCUCAGACAAUCCUACAGGUGAAGUAGCCGGAUGUGGAGGUCCUGGGCUGGCGUGGUUACACGUGGUCUGCGAUUGUGAGGCCGGUUGGACGUACUGCCAAAUUCUAUAAAACAACGGAGGCGGCAUAUGGUAGAGAAAUGAACAUUCAAAUUAUCUGGCAACAGCUCUGUUGGACAAUGCUGCAUUCUGCAUGCCAAUUGUACUCUCCCUCAAAACUUGAGUCUGUGUCAUUGUGUUGUGUGACAAAACUGCACAUUUUAGAGUGGCCUUUUAUUGUCCCCAGCACAAGGUGCACCUGUGUAAUAAUCAUGCUGUUUAAUCAGCUUCUUGACAUGCCACACCUGCCAGGUGAAUGGAUUAUCUUGGCAAACGGAGAAAUGCUCACUAACAGGGAUGUAAUCAAAUUUGUGCACAACAUUUGAGAGAAAUCAACUUUUGUGUGCGUAUGGAACAUUUCUGGGAUCUUUUAUUUCAGCUCAUGAAACAUGGGACCAAACAUUUUACAACACUUUUUUUCUGGGCGUCUGGCGUAUUCGAGUUCAGGAGGAUGGAAUCUGUCUUCAUAAUGGGAUGUUUUUUGGGAUGCAUCCUUCACGAAGCAACCUAAUCUGUGGUUUACAAAGUAUUCAGAGAAUGUCCAGCCUCUGUAUAUUUUCUCAUUCAUCACUAUAAAGGGCUUGUCAAAAACUCA